AUGCGCACUGGGGCGGGUGGCCCACACUGGCGCCAGCUGAGCCAGGGUCCGUCGGUCUGCAAUGGCGAGCGCGGUUUCGCUCUCGGGUGUGCUUGGGCUGCUACUUGUGUCUGCACUGCCCGAGGUUCUCGGAGUUCUCCCCAGCCCUGACCUCCGGGCACACCAAGGGGGCCCCACCCAGGUCGGCCCUGCGGUCGCUGAACCCCGACGGCGGCAGCCGCUCAAGGACCAGCACGAGCGGGCCCGGGCCGGGGCACUGUCCCUGGGGGCGCUGUACACCGCGGCCGUCGUGGCUUUUGUGCUAUACAAGUGUUUGCAGGGGAAAGAUGAGGCUACUGUUCUCCAAGAGGAGGCGAAUAAGAAGGAAUCAUUACAAUCUGAGCUACAGCUGGCUCAGUUGACACAGCAACUGGCCCAGACAGAGCAACACCUGAACAAUCUGAUGGCCCAGCUGGAUCCCCUUUUUGAGCGUGUAACUGCCCUGGCUGGAGCCCAGCAGGAGCUUCUCAACAUGAAACUACAGACCAUCCACCAGCUGCUGCAAGAGAACAAGCCAGACAAGUGUAUGGAGGUUUCAGAACCAGAAUGCAGCAGCCCCCUUCCCGAGGCCAUCUGUAUAGGGGAGGACAAGGAGGGUGCUAACAGUCAGACUUGGGAGGAGCCCCUGAACUGGAACACAGAGACAACGACCCAGGCUCCUCCCUGGGAAGUGGAGCAGGGACUACGGAGAAGAUGCAGCAGGGCGACAGCAAAAGGCCCCAGCCACUACCCCCGCUGGAAAGGGACGACAGCUGAGAGUCUAGUAAAGCAAGGUCUAUUCUUGUGACUGGGUGCUCCUAUGUGCUUUUUCUACUCCAGCUGGUCACACGCACACCCAUACUAGGUACCUAAGAACAACUGGGGCUUCUUGGGAAGCUGCCCUUAUUAGGACAAAAAGGCAGCCUUCCAGUGAGAAGCUCAAAAGACAGGGGGAGCUCCAGGUCUCGUGUUCCUGAGGGCGCGGGCCAGGCUUCAGGACACAAAAAAUCCCUUUUUCCUACUGCAUAGCUGAGAAAAGUCUUUCAAA